UGGUCAGCAUCUUGUAGGAUGCUCUACUUGUCGUAAAGUGACGCAUGCGCUACUCAAAUCUGCACUCGACUCACAUCGGGGAGGAUAGGGACCAGAAGGCUAUCAUGUUUCCUCCAGCAGAGGGCGGUAAAGUCAACUCCGGACUAUACCAAGGCUCAAAGGGUUUGCUGCUAGUCGGAAGUUCAGUUCAUUUUUACCGGGCUUGUGUGGCUUCGGACCAUAUGGACAGCCCUCUGAAAUACAAUGGACAUCGGAAAAAAUGCCACAGCCCAGAAUGAUGCUGGUGGUGACGGGAGAUGACUUUGGCUACUGUCCCAGGAGAAACCAGGGGAUUGUCGAAAGCUUCCAGGCUGGAGGCAUUUCUAAUGUGUCACUGCUGGUCAAUGCCUCUGCUGCCAAAGAGGCAGCCGAUCUGGCUAAAAGACACAACAUCCCCAUGGGCCUCCACGCCAACCUGUCAGAGGGCGUUCCAGUGUGUCCGAGCCUGCAGCAGGACUCCACGCUGGUAAACCAGCGAGGCGUGUUUCAUGGGAAGAUGGGCUUCCGCCAGGCGCUGGAGAGAGGUCAGCUCAGCAUGGAACAGGUGGAGCUGGAGUUGCGGGCCCAAGUCAGGCUGUUCAGGGAACUGACGGGGCACCUACCCCACCACAUGGACGGACACCAACACGUCCACGUCCUGCCAGAGGUGCGUGAGGUGUUUGCACAGGUCCUGUCAGAUCUCAAGAUCACUUACACUCGAGUUCCAGUGGAACCAGGUUUACACAGCUGUCCAGCCGUGCCAGAACACCUCCACACAUUCUACACAGAGGUGGAGAAGGACGCGCUGGACUCCAUCCCUGUCUUCACACGCUAUGGAAUCAGGUGGCCAGAUGUGUACCUGGGACUGACCACCAUGGGCCAGAACAUGUCAGUCCCCAACCUACAGAGGGCCCUGAGCCACGCCUUGGCGGCAGGGCCUUCUUCAGGCCCAACCUGCAGCCCUGCAUCAGGCUCCCAUCCGCCUGUGGUCACGGCCGAGCUCAUGGUCCACCCGGGUUACCCCAGCCUACCUCAGGAAGGAGGCUGCGGAGAGGGCCCCGACGACUUCUCCCAGUCAGCUGACAGACAGCACGAGCUGAGCGUGCUCAGAGACCCGUCGCUGCAGGCCCUCUACAGCCAGGAGAGAGUGCAGCUCUGUGGCUUCAAAGACAUCUGAGUACUGCUGUCUACCAGUGGAAACAUGUACGUAGGGCUGGGCAAUGUAUCAACAUUAUAUCCUUAUCCUGAUAUGAACCAAUAUAUCAUCUUAGAUUUUGGAUAUCGUAAUAUGACACAAGUGUUGUUUUUCUGGUUUUAAAGACAGAAAAGUGGCCAAACUGUUCUAGAUAUUCUAAUAUUUGCCUUUCCCCACUUAAACAUUGUUUCCACAUUAUUGGUGAUUAUUUAUCUAAAGUUAAUACUUUGUGAAAGCACCAGUAGUCGACCCUACAAUAUCACCGCAAUAUCUAUGAGUGAUGAUAGGAUUUUCUCCAUAUCGCCCAGCCCUACGUGUGUGUGUACACUGUAGACAACCAAAGUGAGUGAGUCCCAUUGACAUCUGUAACACCACAAAAGACUGUAAACCUGCCUUAAUUCAUAGUAUGUGAUAGAAGGUGACAUUUUAACACACAAACAAAACAAUGUAACAUAGUGGCAACUAAUGGGUGAGAAUGGACCUGUCUCCCUCUUUUAGUCAAGACGCGGUUGUUUAGUCCAACAACAGCUCACCUAGGCCUGCACGGUUAAUCACAAAAUCAGGAUCUCGAUUCACCCUAUUUCGCAAUUGAAUUUUUAAAUAACUUAUGACUUUGGUUUACAUUUCAUUUUAUGGGCCGACUGCAUCCCAAACUACUACUACUGUCUUCUGGGAGUUUUAAACCGACUGUAUAAAAGAGGUUUUAAUGCUCUCUCUUCUCUUUAUCGAAGCCUCUCUGUUUCAGGCUUGUGGGGAUUAGUAAUGUGCCAUAGGUGCCAAUUUCUGUUGUCUUGUCGUGGUUCAUGUGUGCAAUAAGCAUUAUACUUAGUGAGAAAAAAAUUGUGGCGGAAAAUCGUGAAAUCAACUCUAAGCUAAAGAAUCAUAAGUCAUGUUUUUCCCCGGAUCGUGCAGGCCUAAGCCCAUCUACUCUAUCUUUUUAAUAAAGGAACACGCCGACUUAUCGGGACUUUAGCUUAUUCACCGUUUCCCCCAGAGUUAGACAAGUCCAUACAUACUCUUCUCAUCUCCAUAUUGCGGUAACUCUGUCCGACCCCCCCCCAGCAUUAGCUUAGCCUAGCAGAGAUCCUGCAGGUAACUGGUUCCAACUAGCUACUGCUCCCAAUAAGUGGCACAACGUGUUUCUAUUUACAUGUUGUGAUUUGUUGGGAUAGUCUCAUGGAGAUGAGGAGGGUAUGUAUGGACUUGUCUAACUCUGGGGGACACGGUGAAUAAGCUAAAGUCCCAAAAGGUCGGCCUAUUCCUUUAAAAGACAAUUCUUACAAGCACAGAAAGACGAGCACUGCCACGCUGGUAAAACCGAAUGAAAGCUGUCGUUUUUUAAUGCUAUCUAAUAAAUCAUCAAUAUUUACUGCGGAGCACAGAACCACUACAUAAAAGCAACUGGAAUGUUAAUGUUCUCCCUAAAGUGUGUGGAACAGUGAAUAGGGAACCAUGUUUGUUCUGUGUGUGAGCCAUACCAGGUGCUGCUACCAACAUGCCAGUAAUUGCACAUAUUAUAUGUUUUUUAUAAUUUAGUUUUGUCCAUCAUCUUUUACAAUGAAGGAUUAUUAGUAUCAAGUCAAAGAAACUGAAUUUUAGUUUGAGGUCCAGAUAUCUUAGACCCCGUUUCCACGUACACGGUUAUUUAGAAAAACUGAGACAUUGUCCUCCGAAAACGAGUCUUCCUAACACCUCCGUCCAGAGGGGAGAUCUUUGAAAUCUUGGACGGAGACAACCGGAGGUCUAGGCAACCGAGGAUGUGAGGAAGAUAAAAGAGAGGAAGUGAUUCUGAUUGGCUAACGUGGGCUUGAGCUUCUCGUUACACUGCCACCUACAGGUUUGGCGAGCUCUUGACGGCGCAUGUACAUUUUUCUGAAAUCUGCCAGCUGCGCAAGGC